ACACACACACAACCGAGAAGCACGCCUAGCCUUCCCUUGGCACCCUGAGACAAUCCCACUCCCUCCCGGGGACACGACUGGGCGCGUCCACACCCCCGCAUCCCUUACACCAUGUUGUGCGGAAGGACUUCCACUCCCCGCCAGUGUCGUUGAUGUCAGACCCCAGGCCAGCCUCAGGGCGCUGCAGUUCUGGCUAAUGCUGCGGCUGUGGCUAGGGCUUUAGUACAUAAGCCAGCCGCCGCUGCCGCCACCACCCCUUUCCCCGCCGGCCUCAGCGCCCACAGUCUGCAUGUGUGUGUGGUAGCCGGCUACCCAUCCUGCCGCCCGUGUUCCCCCGGAGCUCUGGAGACCACCGCGGGGGCUUUCUCUGCCCGUGGGAGAAGUGGCCUUGGAGAAAUUGAUUUCGGUGGUUGGAUUUUUCUCGUGGAUCUAUCAAUUGACAGUUCGGAUUUGGAAGAAAGAAGGAAAACAUGACGUCUCCAGCCAAAUUCAAAAAGGAUAAGGAGAUCAUCGCAGAGUACGAUACUCAGGUCAAAGAGAUCCGGGCUCAGCUCACAGAGCAGAUGAAAUGCCUAGACCAGCAGUGUGAACUCCGGGUGCAGCUGUUGCAGGACCUGCAAGACUUCUUCCGAAAGAAGGCCGAGAUUGAAAUGGACUACUCUCGAAACCUGGAGAAGCUGGCUGAGCGCUUCCUAGCCAAGACACGAAGCACCAAGGACCAGCAAUUUAAGAAAGACCAGAAUGUUCUCUCUCCAGUAAACUGCUGGAACCUCCUCUUAAACCAGGUGAAGCGGGAGAGCAGGGAUCAUACCACGCUGAGUGACAUCUACCUGAAUAAUAUAAUCCCUCGAUUUGUUCAAGUCAGCGAGGACUCAGGAAGACUCUUCAAAAAGAGUAAAGAAGUUGGCCAGCAGCUCCAAGAUGAUUUGAUGAAGGUCCUGAACGAGCUUUAUUCGGUCAUGAAGACAUAUCACAUGUACAAUGCGGACAGUAUCAGCGCUCAGAGCAAACUGAAAGAAGCAGAGAAGCAAGAAGAGAAACAAAUUGGAAAAUCAGUAAAGCAAGAGGACCGACAGACGCCCCGCUCCCCGGAUUCCUCUGCCAGCGUCCGCAUCGAGGAGAAGCAUGUCCGGAGGAGCUCAGUGAAGAAGAUUGAGAAGAUGAAGGAGAAGCGACAAGCCAAGUACACAGAGAAUAAGCUGAAGGCCAUUAAAGCCCGAAAUGAGUACUUACUGGCUUUGGAGGCAACCAAUGCAUCGGUCUUCAAGUACUACAUCCACGACCUGUCUGAUAUAAUUGAUCAGUGCUGUGACCUAGGCUACCAUGCUAGCCUGAACCGGGCCCUGCGUACUUUCUUGUCCGCUGAAUUAAAUCUGGAACAGUCAAAACACGAAGGCUUGGAUGCUAUUGAAAAUGCAGUAGAAAACCUAGAUGCCACCAGUGACAAGCAGCGACUCAUGGAGAUGUACAACAAUGUUUUCUGCCCCCCUAUGAAAUUUGAAUUCCAGCCUCACAUGGGAGAUAUGGCCUCUCAGCUCUGUGCCCAGCAGCCUGUCCAGAGUGAGCUGGUACAGAGAUGCCAGCAGCUGCAAUCCCGCUUGUCCACUUUGAAGAUCGAAAACGAAGAGGUGAAAAAGACCAUGGAGGCUACCCUGCAGACCAUCCAAGACAUCGUGACUGUGGAGGAUUUUGAUGUGUCUGAUUGCUUCCAGUACAGCAACUCUAUGGAGUCUGUGAAGUCAACGGUCUCAGAAACGUUCAUGAGCAAGCCUAGCAUUGCUAAGAGGAGAGCUAACCAGCAAGAGACAGAGCAGUUUUAUUUCACGAAAAUGAAGGAGUACUUGGAGGGUAGGAACCUAAUCACCAAGCUGCAAGCCAAGCAUGACCUCCUGCAGAAAACCCUGGGAGAAAGUCAGAGGACAGACUGUAGCCUUGCCAGGCGUAGCUCAACCGUGAGGAAACAGGAUUCCAGCCAGGCAAUUCCUCUGGUGGUAGAAAGCUGCAUCCGGUUUAUUAGCAGACACGGCCUACAACAUGAAGGGAUUUUCCGAGUGUCUGGAUCACAAGUGGAAGUGAAUGACAUAAAAAAUGCCUUUGAGAGAGGAGAGGACCCUCUGGCUGGGGACCAGAAUGACCAUGACAUGGACUCCAUAGCUGGUGUCCUCAAGCUUUACUUCCGGGGGCUGGAACACCCAUUGUUUCCCAAGGACAUCUUCCAUGACUUGAUUGCCUGUGUUACAAUGGACAACCUACAAGAGAGAGCUGUGCAUAUCCGGAAAGUCCUUCUGGUCCUGCCCAAGCCCACUCUGAUUAUCAUGAGAUACCUCUUUGCCUUCCUUAAUCACUUAUCACAGUUCAGUGAAGAGAACAUGAUGGACCCCUACAACCUUGCCAUCUGCUUCGGGCCCUCACUGAUGUCCGUGCCAGAGGGCCACGACCAGGUCUCCUGUCAAGCCCACGUGAAUGAGCUGAUUAAAACCAUCAUCAUCCAACAUGAGAACAUCUUCCCGAGUCCCAGGGAGCUCGAGGGCCCCAUCUACAGCCGAGGAGGAGGCAUGGAGGAUUACUGUGACAGCACUCAUGGAGAGACUACGUCUGCUGAAGACUGCACCCAGGAUGUGGCCACAGAGCAUCACACAAGUGAUGACGAAUGUGAGCCCAUUGAGGCCAUCGCCAAGUUUGACUACGUAGGCAGGACAGCCAGGGAGCUGUCUUUCAAGAAGGGAGCAUCCCUGCUGCUUUACCAGCGAGCUUCUGAUGAUUGGUGGGAAGGCCGGCACAAUGGGAUAGACGGACUUAUCCCCCAUCAGUACAUCGUAGUCCAGGACACCGAAGACGGUGUCGUGGAGAGGUCCAGCCCCAAGUCUGAGAUUGAGGUCAUGUCUGAGCCACCUGAAGAAAAGGUGACAGCCAGAACAGGGGCCAGCUGUCCCAGUGGGGGUCAUGUAGCUGACAUUUAUCUUGCAAACAUCAACAAGCAAAGGAAGCGUCCAGAAUCUGGGAGCAUCAGAAAAACAUUUCGGAGUGACAGCCAUGGGCUUGGCAGUUCUCUGACUGACUCCUCCUCCCCGGGGGUGGGGGCUAGCUGCCGUCCAUCCUCUCAGCCCAUCAUGAGCCAGAAUCUCCCCAAGGAAGGGCCAGAUAAGUGUUCCAUCAGCGGCCAUGGGAGCCUCAACUCUAUCAGCCGCCACUCGUCCCUGAAGAACCGGCUGGACAGUCCACAGAUCCGGAAGACUGCUACUGCAGGAAGGUCAAAAAGCUUCAAUAACCAUCGGCCCAUGGACCCUGAAGUCAUUGCACAGGAUAUUGAAGCGACCAUGAACUCUGCCCUGAAUGAGCUUCGAGAGCUAGAACGGCAGAGCAGUGUUAAGCACACCCCCGACGUGGUUCUGGACACCUUGGAGCCUCUCAAGACCUCCCCAGUGGUAGCCCCCACAUCUGAGCCCUCCAGCCCCCUGCACACGCAGCUCCUCAAGGACCCUGAGCCUGCCUUCCAGCGCAGUGCCAGUUCUGCUGGGGACAUUGCCUGCGCCUUCCGGCCUGUCAAGUCUGUCAAGAUGGCUGCUCCAGUCAAACCACCAGCCACACGGCCCAAGCCAACUGUCUUCCCCAAAACAAAUGCCACUAGCCCUGGUGUCAAUUCGUCAGCUUCCCCGCAGUCCACUGACAAGUCUUGUACUGUCUAAGGGGUAUAACGUAAUCGCUCUAGACAAGGAGACUGGCCGGUAUUAAAAUCUUCCUAUUUAACUAGCUUGGAGACUUCGGUUGAAAAUUAGAUUCUAAGUUGUUCUUACAGGAAUUAGCCUUCCCGUUAUCCAACCCUUGAGAAUGAAGCCCUUGUUACAGCUUUCCCCUUCCUGGUCCUUCCUUCCUUCCUUCCUUCCUUCCUUCCUUCCUUCCUUCCUUCCUUCCUUCCUUCCUUCCUUCCACUUAUUGCCUCCCUCUGUUGCAAUCCAGCCAGCUACAGUACAUGCCGUUCUUAGGUUAGCCAGAGACAAGUUUCCCAUGAUCAGUUCGCUAUGGUAUCUGUCAAGGCAAGACCUGGGGACCUCGGCCUUUGUCUUUGUCCCUUCGCACCAUAGGGGAUACCACCUUGACCAGAUGGUUGGCUGCAGCCACCUAGGUCUCCGGUGGCAUCUUGUUUUGAGUACUAAUUUAAAAAAUCCCCUAUAGCCCAGUGUUCAUUGACUGUAAGUAAUAUCCGUGUGCAUGCACGGCCAUGCACAGACACACACACACACACAGGUUUUCACGGCCUCUCCUCGUCAUAGGCCUCUCUUCGUUGUUGUGACAGUUCACACUGAAGCCACCAGGAAUCUCUUGUCAUCGCAACUUUGUUCCAUUUGGACCAGAGAAACCUGGCCUUAGAGACCUCUCUGUCAUAGAAGUUUAGCAGAAUGGGUCAGUGCUGGGAUCUGAUGCGGGGGUGGGGAUUGCCGUCUGCCUCUUGCUGUGACUUGGUCACGUCACUGGCAUUUGUGUUUGCUCUGUGCCGUUCUGUAGAAUACAUCCCAGUCUUACCAAGGAGCUUUUAACGUUUCUCUGAACACACAGACUCUUCUUCCCUUCCUUGUUUCAUGACCACCAUUUUCCAUGUAAGAUGUUGUCCCAUAUAAGACGGUUUUAUAGCUAGUUCCUUUUAGAGUAAAAAGUCUUAAAGUUUUAUUAUGUUUAUGGCAGGUUUGAAAGGGGGUAGGAAAUGGGUCCUUCUUCCUCCCAACCUUGUUUGGCAUUUAAAACUUUUAAAAUUCACUAUUCUGUUUAAAAAAAAAAUGAAUUGUUCUCUGCUAAUCCAAAAAAUUGUUCCCAGAUCAAAACUAUUUCAAGUUUACCUCUUAGCUUAGUUUUGUAUAAGACUCUCUGGAGGUGGCCAGGGGCUUGGAAAGCCCUAUUCAAUUCUAGAGACCCUGCCUUUUGAGACCAUGUUUUGUUUACCCAAACAAGGUCAACUGAGGAAACUCUGACCCCUCUCCCCCAAUCAAAAUUAUUUUCCCAAAGCCAGAAUCUUGAAAAAGUAAAAUAUAUUGAAUGCUUCAUAUUGGGCCUGCUUCAGAUGGAAUGCUCUAGCUAGCCCGCAAGCCUGAGGCUCAAACACUCACUCCUCUUCUCUGAUUGUGGUUUGAAAGCUAUGCUUUUAUUUAACCUUAUUGUUGUUCUGUAAUUCAAGAGAGAUGGUGGGUUGCCAUUCAGGUUGGAAAAUCUGAAUGUCCUUAGCUUUGUGCUAGAAGAGAGAGAUCCUUUUGACCAGUAUGUGAAGUUGGUAGUUGGAUCUUGAGAAAGGGACGGAUGUUUCUCUCUGUAUGAAGGGAAUGGGAAGCUUGAAGGAGUCACUAAUGGGAAGGGGGACUGGAGAGGCGAAUGAGUCAGGUGGCAAGGGACAACCCUCAGGCCUUGGGCUGCCUGAUUCUCCUGCUCUUUUUACUGACCUGUCAUCUUGACCUGGGCUUGUACUGCUCCUGAGCCAAGGGAGACUUUCAGACCCAAGGAUCUGAAAUGAUCUCCCACCCUUACAUUCCUCUUAAUCUAAGUGGUAGAAGUUUCCAGCCUGCCCUUUAUCCUCUCUCCAGGACACUACCCUCUAAGAAGCUAAAAGCAAAGCUUCUUAAAGAGCAUACUGUGGGGCUGUUCUUUAGUUCUUGCCUUCUCUUUCAGUCCUGUACAUUAUUUGUGUUUGUCAUGCCCUUGGUCGCUGUCCAUCUGCUGAUUUGCAGAAUGAGCUGGGCGGUGUACAAGUGGUUCCCUCCUAACCCCAGCUCUGGGAGCCUCGCUGUCUUCCUUCUCUCUGGUGCUUCUGAUGCCUGUGAGAUGGUCCAACCGGAGGCGAGUCCUCCUUGGCAGAGCUCAGUUCAACUGGAAUUGAGGUUGCACACUGUGAUUAUACACCCAAAGCCAAAAGGAGCCGGCCACCCCAGGCCUUGGGCAACUAGCCUUCCUCAGAUAGGCUUGCCCGAAACCAGCAUGAUGCUUCCAAGAGCCCUGCUCUGCCCCUCGUGGCAUGGAUCCUUUCCCUGGUGUGGACCCCGUCUUUGGGGAAGAAAGGUGGAGUGCAGCUACCAGCUUCCCAGUUUGCAAAGUAGAGGAAUUUGCCACCAGCAGCCUAGAGACUGGAAACGCUGGUCUCUGCCAGCCUCCUCAGGCCAUCCUUGUUUGUCCCCAAGGAGAUGAGAAAUCCCUCCAGCGCCAGGGUGAACGGACCACUGGAAGGGCUGGUGUGCGUGGACUUCGGUUCAGAAGAGAACUUACAUCUUCCAGGGAACUGCAAUGUUGCGACGUCUGAUUUGUAUGUCACAUUUGUGUAAAAUGGUAUGUUCUUUAAAAUGGUGUUGAUAACUGGAAUAUUGUAUAUGCUUGAAGAUGCUUUGUGUGAACCUAAGACUCACUCAGCCGAUGUUGGAUUGGGGAAAAUCCAAAGCACAACUUCAAAAUAAAAUGCGUUUUUAGGUUUCA